AUGUCAUCCAAGGAUUAUAAAAGUUUACCAGUUACAGUCGAAAAGCCUAUUCCAGUAUCAUACGAUUUGGGUAACCUGUCAGUUUUCGAUUCAAAUGUCCUUGAUAGAAAUGAUUUUGAUUCUUCGAAUGCUGCACGUGAAGAACAUAUCAGAAAUGCCACUCGUGACAAUGUGCAAUUAUUAAUAAAUCAAUUACUUUCAUUACCAAUUAAAUCCACCACAAAUUCCUCCGGUACGAGUGAUCAAGGUGCCAAUAUGACAUUAUUGAGAUUACCAGAGCCAAUUACUGAAUUACCUAGAGAAAAACCACUACCUAAGCCAAAGGCACCAACCAAAUGGGAGAAAUUUGCUGCUAAGAAGGGUAUCAAAUCUAAAGAAAAGUCAGGAAAGAUGGUUUAUGAUGAAGCCAGCGGUGAAUGGGCACCAAAAUGGGGUUACAAAGGCAUUAAUAAGAAGUUAGACGAUCAGUGGUUAGUAGAGGUCGACGACAAGGUCAAAGGAACGGAAAAUGAAUUGGUUGACCCAAGAACUUUGAACAGGCAAGAAAGAAAGAAGUUAAUCAAGAAGAAUGAAAGGCAGCAAAAGAAAAAUUUAGCUGGUAAAUGA